AUGAAUUCUCUCUUGAAAUGGGAUUAUUUCCGGUAUCUGGCGGAGUUCAAGUCUGGUGAUGACAGGAAAGAGGCCGCUGAUCAAUCUAUGAAAGAUUAUCAGGCAGCUUCUACCACAGCAGAGGCUGAUUUACCUUCUAUACAUCCCAUCAGACUGGGUUUGGCCUUGAACUUCUCGGUAUUUUAUUACGAGAUCAUGAACUCUCCUGAAAGGGCUUGUUACCUGGCAAAGCAAGCUUUUGAUGAAGCUAUCUCUGAGUUGGAUAGUUUGAGUGAGGAAUCUUACAAAGACAGCACAUUAAUCAUGCAGCUCUUGAGGGACUACCUCACACUGUGGACUUCUGACAUCCCGGAAAAUGAAGGUAACUAA